AUGCUGGAGCUCAAUGAUGGUUGCAUCUUUCCUAGAUUCAGCCAGAAGCGCAAACGUCCUGCUUGUACAUCGAAGUUUCUCUCGUUACCUUUGGAGGUUAUCUGCGAGAUUCUUCUCCAUCUGGGCCCGCGCGACCUUUUGCGAUGCAUUUGGACAUGUACCGCGUUGCGGUCCGUGGCACUCGACUGCGUCGAGCUCGAGUUGGAGAUCGAGAAGAUGGCCUUCCAUUGCUCAUCCAUAGUCCCCGAUGCUGAGCACACGAGUUCUGACUGCCUGGAGCGAUUGAGGCAACGCGAGGCCGCCUGGUUGCGACUGGCACCCGAGGGACGCGCGACUUUCAACCACGACUUCCCCGUGGCGUCGGACCACCUGGGUGGUGGUAACGUACUCACGACGCUUCGAGCUGCGGAUACGGCUACGGGCGACACAUUUAGGCGACAUACGGAACUUCAGCUCCUGAGCGGACCUCGCCACGCUGUCAAAAACCAUCUAAUGUUCGAGGAUCUGGACUUCAGGCGCGUCGUGGCGUUCAAAGUGGAUGUUUCGCAAGAUCUGCUGGUGAUGCUGGUUCAUGUUGGUGAGGACGGAGCACAUUGGACAAAGGAAGAGGAUUUCGAGAUGCGCAUGUUGUCAACGCGUGACGGUCGCAAGCACUCGCUAGCAGCACACGAAAGCGUUGUCCUUGGACGUCUGGGGAGGUACACGAUCCCUUGGGACUUCGAAGACGGGCCGCACGGCGACUACAUCAUUCAUAUCCGAGGGCCCCUCAUCCUCAUCUACGGAAGAGACGUGGACCUUGUUCGCGAGGGCAAUAUGAUCUACGUCUUUAAUUGGCAGACUGGCGCAUCAACGAAGAUGGAGGUAGCGCUCGGCGCUCAUCAUGUCUUCGAUGCAGUUUUUGUGGCUGAUAACGCAAUACUGGUACUGCAAGUCAUUGAGGAGGGCUUCAAGUUUUUCUCAAUCGAUGACAUGAGCCUGGAGGGCGAAGCUCCUUUACGCGAACGCGCCCUCUUCUGUCUACCAGAUCUCAAGGACGAGUACCGUUAUGCGCAUUCGAUCUUCGCAACUCGCCCCGUCAUGGGUUCCAGUGGUGACGGUGUAGUCUUGGUCAUGGUGAAGCUAGUGAACUUCGAGAACGCGGGUCCGAUGGUCUCUUCGUUUGACCUUGUCAUUCAGAUCCCGCCACUUCUUCGGACGGCGUUUGGACACGAUGACCCAACGACGACUCUGUUGAUUCCCUGGUCCGUAUGGGGCCCCUAUUACGCCCGAUUCUUCGACGCGCAUAUCUGUGACAGCGUCACAAUGUCCAUCUCGGGAUACCGUACAGCCCGUUCAAUACCGAUAUUCUCGGUUGAGGACUCGAUGCACGGUGCAACAUGCGUACAUAUGUACGAUUUCAACCCGAUGAUGACGCGACGUGCCUUGGAUAUGUGUACCGACUGCGACAACGACGGAUCUUCCUCUGAUUUGGCGAGCGAGUCCCGAGUCUCUUUGCGCUCGCUAUUCGAUUCCGGAGACGGCGAUGAUGAUAACGAAGACGAUGACAGCACCGGUCACGACGAUAGCGAGGAGGAGGAAGAGGAGGAGGACAUACGCCCGAGGACGAGGUCGUAUCCGCGCUCUUCGCUGUUCCCUCUGGUCGGGUCGUCCAAGACGCGCAUAGUCACCUCCCCUUUCCUGAAGACUCCUGAAGAUUCGCCUUUCAGCCAGACGGUGUACUGUCCGAUGCCCUAUCGGGUAGUCAGCCGGACAUACAAGGAGCUGUUUACCUGGGUUCAGCUUGAGGAUGAUGCGUUGAUCACUAAGGUAUGA